AUUAAAAGCUACCCACUUCCCCCUACCUCUCUCUCUCUCUCUCUCUCUCUCUCUCUCUCUGUCUUCUACAUAGCCAUCACUUCAAUGGCUGCCUGCGUUGUUCUUCUCUCCAUUCUUCUUCCCCAUCUCCAUCCUCGUUCCUCGUGCCCUCGCUUAACACUCUCUCACUCCCCCUCCUCUCUCUGUGCGUUAAUGGCUGAAAUCUGAGAAACCCAGCUAGCAAAUGGAGCAGCACUGAAGCUUUUCAUCCUUUUUAUUCCGGGGUUUGGAAAUUGGUGAUCAGAAUAUCAGCUGAGUUGUUGAUCCAUUACCAGCCUCUCGAGAUCACAAACUCUGCAUCUUCUGUAGUUUUCGUGCUUUGCAGGUGAAUAUUAUUGUUCCCUCCUUUCAUGAUGAGUAACCUAAAGCUUGGGGUUGAGGUAGUCGGGGCUCACAAUCUCCUGCCCAAGGAUGGGCAGGGCUCGUCUAGUUCCUUCGUAGAGCUCUCUUUCGAUGGUCAAAGGUUCCGGACUACGGUCAAGCAGAAGGACCUCAAUCCUGUCUGGAACGAGACCUUCUACUUCAACAUCUCCAACCCAACCAACCUCCACAACCUAACCCUUGAAGUUUAUGUCGGAUCCGCCGACUCCAGAAACAGCUUCCUUGGGAAGGUCAGCCUCACGGGAACUUCCUUUGUCCCCUACUCAGAUGCUGUUGUCUUGAACUACCCCUUGGAGAAGCGGACGAUUUUCUCUCAUGUGAGGGGAGAGCUUGGGCUUAAAGUCUACAUCACUGAUGACCCAAACAUCAACUCCUCUAACCAGGCUCCUGCCUUUGAGAUCAAGGACCCUGCCUUGGCCCAAUUCAAACAAAAAGUUGAGGCCAGGCACACGUUUCACCAUCUCCCUAACCCCGACCACCAUAGCCAUAGUGCCAACCGUCCUCCUCCUGCGCCAGCAAUCCCUCACAGAGAUCAUGUCCCCGAAAGGGACCUUGGGCCAAAAAUUGUUGGGGUCGAUCAGAUGAAGCCGGACCCACACCCUCCAAAGCUGGUCCGAAUGUACUCUGCCGCAUCAGCCCAGCCUGUGGACUAUGCUUUGAAGGAGACAAGCCCAUUUCUAGGUGGUGGACGAGUUGUGGGAGGUCGGGUCAUUCGACCGGACAAGAAAGCCAGCACUUAUGAUCUCGUUGAGCAGAUGCAUUUCCUCUAUGUUCGGGUUGUAAAAGCUCAGGAGCUUCCUGCAAUGGAUGUUACAGGAAGUCUCGAUCCUUUUGUGGAGGUUAAGGUUGGGAACUAUAAAGGGAUAACGAAGCACUUUGAGAAGAAGCAGAAUCCGGAGUGGAACCAAGUCUUUGCCUUCUCGAGGGAACGGAUGCAGGCCUCAGUCUUAGAGGUUGUUGUCAAGGACAAGGAUCUCAUGAAGGACGACUUUGUUGGAAUUGUAAGGUUUGAUGUCAAUGAGGUUCCACUCAGGGUCCCACCUGAUAGUCCCCUGGCACCAGAAUGGUGCCGCCUUGAGGACAAGAAGGGGGAGAAGAUCAAGGGGGAGUUGAUGCUUGCAGUUUGGAUUGGGACUCAGGCUGAUGAGGCAUUCUCUGAUGCAUGGCAUUCUGAUGCUGCCACGCCUGUUGAGAGCACCCCAACAGCAUACACUCUGAUAAGAUCAAAGGUUUAUCACGCUCCAAGGUUGUGGUAUGUCCGGGUCAAUGUCGUUGAAGCACAGGACCUGGUUCCAACUGAGAAGAACCGGUUUCCUGAUGUUUAUGUGAAGGCCCAGAUAGGGAACCAGGUUAUGAAGACAAGGACUGUUCCAGCUCGUACACUGAACUCGAUGUGGAAUGAGGAUCUUUUGUUCGUCACUGCAGAACCUUUUGAAGAUCACUUGAUACUCUCAGUAGAGGAUCGUGUGGGUCAGGGUAAAGACGAGAUCAUAGGAAGAGUGAUCAUCCCUCUUAGCUUGGUGGAGAAGCGGGCAGAUGAUCGGGUUGUCCACUCCCGGUGGUUCAACCUGGAGAAGCCUGUGGCGGUGGAUGUGGACCAGCUGAAGAAGGAGAAGUUCUCAAGCAGGAUCCAUCUCCGGAUCUGCCUUGAUGGAGGGUACCAUGUCCUUGACGAAUCUACACACUACAGCAGUGAUCUCCGGCCGACAGCGAGGCAACUAUGGAAGCCCUCGAUCGGGGUGUUGGAACUCGGGAUUCUAAAUGCCACUGGCCUCCACCCAAUGAAGACCCGAGAUGGGAGGGGGACUUCAGACACAUACUGUGUUGCCAAGUACGGCCACAAGUGGGUCCGCACGAGGACACUUGUGGACAACUUAUGUCCCAAGUUCAAUGAACAGUACACUUGGGAGGUCUUCGACCCAGCCACAGUGCUGACUGUGGGUGUCUUCGACAAUAGCCAGCUUGGAGAAAAGGGAUCCAAUGCGAGCAAAGAUUUGAAGAUCGGGAAGGUGAGGAUCCGAAUAUCAACCCUUGAGACGGGCCGUGUCUACACGCACUCCUAUCCAUUGCUUGUCCUGCAUCCCACUGGAGUAAAGAAGAUGGGAGAGCUCCACCUGGCUAUUCGUUUCUCCUGCACUUCCUUCAUGAACAUGCUCUACAUCUACUCACGGCCAUUGCUGCCAAAGAUGCAUUAUGUUCGCCCCUUCAAUGUGAUGCAGCUCGACAUGCUCCGUCACCAGGCAGUAACGAUCGUGGCAGCUCGGCUCGGGCGUGCUGAGCCACCGCUACGGAGGGAGGUGGUUGAGUACAUGUCAGAUGCGGACUCCCACCUUUGGAGCAUGCGGAAGAGCAAGGCAAACUUCUUCCGCCUCAUGUCAGUUUUAUCGGGUCUAUUUGCGGUCGGGAAAUGGUUCGGUGAUGUCUGUAUGUGGAGGAAUCCAAUCACAACUGUCCUCGUUCACAUCCUCUUCCUGAUGCUCGUCUGCUUCCCAGAGCUGAUACUCCCGACUGUGUUCCUCUACAUGUUCCUUAUUGGGGUGUGGAAUUUCCGCUACCGUCCACGUUACCCGCCACACAUGAACACGAGGAUCUCCCAGGCUGAAGGGGUCCACCCUGAUGAGCUGGACGAGGAGUUCGAUACAUUCCCAACCAGCAAGAGCCCCGACCUGGUGAGGAUGAGAUACGACAGGCUGAGGAGUGUGGCAGGCCGGAUACAGACCGUGGUAGGUGAUGUGGCAACCCAGGGGGAGCGGAUGCAGGCGCUGCUGAGUUGGCGGGACCCACGUGCCACGGCAAUUUUUGUGACAUUCUGCCUUGUGGCAGCGCUCGUGCUGUACGUAACGCCAUUCCAGAUGAUCGCAGCCCUGUCAGGGUUUUACAUGAUGAGGCAUCCGAGGUUCCGACACCGUCUUCCCUCUGCGCCUAUCAACUUCUUCCGCCGCCUGCCGGCCAGAACCGACAGUAUCCUGUAAAUCCAACGUGUUUUAUCUGAAUUACGAUAGUGUAGCGAAGCGAGCCGUUGGUAGUCUUGAGCUGCGGCUGUCUUUGGGCCAAUAAAGUCAGUCCCCUGUUUCAGUUUCAUUAUUGUAAACUUUCACUAGCUUUAAUUAUUUGAUGAUGAGUAAUGAUUUAAUUAUUC